UGUGACGUCAUUGUCAAUAACGGGCGUUUACCUGGAAACACAGAUACAAAUAUGGUGAUGAAAAUUCACACAUCUCUGAAUCAAUAAUGAUUCUACCAUGAGUUCACCCUAUAGUGAGCACCACAAACAUAGAAUACAUUCACCGAAUCAACGACGAUCACCCGCAGGCACCAUGAAUGUGGCUGAGAAAAUGUACUGGCGGCAAAAGCUGCCCCUUGGCUUCCAGUAUUACCUGGAGCGAAUGUCACGCAGCAUCAUCAGGGGGCUGCCAGACAAUGUCUAUGAGUUUGCAGCUGUAUACCUGGAGGAAAAACUUGUAGAGAGAAAUGCUGAGAUCCAGCGCCUGCCAGAUGUUACCUACUUUGACAAACUAAAGAAGAAAUAUACCCUUGCCCCAUCCGAACAAGGUGACGUAACACAGAGGGAGAGAACUCUCCAGGAGAGAGAACCAGUUGUCGCAGAGGACGUUGCUGUUGAGGACAAGCCAAAAAGUGCCCCUAACCUGAUUGUUUCUGAGGAAUCUACUGCGGUCCAGACAGCCCCUAAAUCCUGUGUUGCAAUGGCUACAGCAGUUGAGCCAGCACCUGUACUGACUGAAGAUCGGGAUCUGUCUACUCCUUUAGGUGUACGUGAAGUUACCGACGAUGUUGUUGCUGCAUCAUUAAACUCUGCUCAAAAAUCUGAAACUGCUAAGGCACCUGCUUCUCAAGAACAAGUAGCAGCACCCGCAGCGGAGGAGGCAAAAGCAGAGUCUGUGCCUGCUGAACAAGUAACAGAAGCCCCUGCACAAACUUCAGAACCCGCAGCUCAAGAAGAGAAACCUGCCACAGAGGCACCAGCAGAACCAGCUCAGGAAGAAGCUAAGGUAGAGGCACCCGCUGCUGAAGAGAAGCCUGCAGAAUCAACAGAGGAACAAAAGGCAGAACCAGCUGCACCAUCAGAAACACAAACUGAGCAGAAAGAGGAAAGUGCUCCGGCAGAAGAAGCAGCUCCGGCACCUGAGACACCAGCUGAACCAGCUGUUCAGGAAGAAAUUAAGGCAGAUGAGGCAGCACCAGUAGAGUCUACACCCCCAGCAGAGGCUGCGGAAGCUGCUGAAGAAAAACCAGCUGAGGAAGCACCUGCAGCUGAAGAGAAACCAGCUGAGGAAGCACCUGCAGCUGAAAAGAAACCAGCUGAGGAAACACCUGCAGCUGAGGAAGCACCUGCACCGGCAGCUGAGGAGGCACCUGCACCAGCAGCAGAGGAAGCACCUGCAGCUGAAGAGGAACCAGCUGAGGAAGCACCUGCAGCUGAAGAGGCACCUGCACCAGUAGCUGAGGAAGCACCAACAGCAGAGCAGACACAGGCUGAGGAAGCACCUGCACCGGCAGCUGAGGAGGCACCUGCACCAGCAGCAGAGGAAGCACCUGCUGCUGAAGAGAAACCAGCUGAGGAAGCACCAGCAGCUGAAGAGAAACCAGCCGAGGAAUCACCUGCAGCUGAGGAGGCACCUGCACCAGCAGCAGAGGAAGCACCUGCUGCUGAAAAGAAACCAGCUGAGGAAGCACCUGUAGCUGAAGAGAAACCAGCUGAGGAAGCACCUGCAGCUGAAGAGAAACCAGCUGAGGAAACACCUGCAGCUGAGGAAGCAACUGCACCGGCAGCUGAGGAGGCACCUGCACCAGCAGCAGAGGAAGCACCUGCAGCUGAAGAGAAACCAGCUGAGGAAACACCUGCAGCUGAGGAAGCACCUGCACCGGCAGCUGAAGAGUCACCUGCACCUGCAGCAGAGGAAGCACCAGCACCAGAGCAGUCACAGGCUGAGGAGGCACCAGAGGCACCCGCAGCAGAGCAGUCACAGGCUGAGGAGGCACCAGCACCAGUAGUUGAGGAAGCACCGGCAGCUCAGGAGGCACCAGCACCUGCAGCUGAGGAAGCUCCUGCAGUCCAGGAAGAAAUUAAGGCAGAAGAGUCAGCACCAGUAGAGUCCACACCAGCAACAGAGGAAAAAGCAGCUGAGGAAGCACCCGCAGCUGCAUCUGAAGAAGCGCCUGUAGCUGAGGAAAAGCCAGCUGAAGAAGCACCAGCACCAGCAGCUGUAUCUGAACAGGAACAAGCACCUGAAGAAAAGCCAGCUGAAGAAGCACCUGCAGUUGAGGAAGCACCAUCAGAACAGGCUGCUGAAACACCAGCAGAGGAAGCACCUGCUGAGCAAGCACCAGUGGCUGAGGAAAAACCUGCUGAGGAAGCACCUGCACCGGCAGCAGAGGAAGCACCUGCACCGGCAGCAGAGGAAGCACCCGCACCUGCCCCCGCAACAGAGGAAGCGCCAGCCCCCGCAGCAGUGGAAGCACCUGCAGCAGUGGAAACACCAGCACCCGCAGCAGAAGAAGCACCUGCACCCGCAGCGGAAGAAGCACCUGCACCUGCUCCCGCAGCAGAGGAAGCACCUGCAGCAGUGGAAACACCAGCACCCGCAGCAGAGGAAGCACCUGCAGCAGAGGAAACACCAGCACCCGCAGCAGAAGCACCUGCACCCACAGCGGAAGAAGCACCUGCACCUGCAGCAGAGGAAGCACCUGCACCUGCUCCCGCAGCAGAGGAAGCACCUGCACCCGCAGCAGAGGAAGCACCAGCACCUGCACCCGCAGCAGAAGAAAAACCUGCAGAACAAACACCAGCACCUCAAGCAGAGUCAACAGAGCCCUCAUCAGCGGAACCAGCAGCAGAAGAGAGCAAACCUGAGAGUGAACAAACAGCCCAGGCAGAACAGGCUCCAGCAGCUGAACAAGCUCCCGCUGCUGAACAGGGGUGAACUACAGACAAACUGUGAACAUGUGCAAAUCUUCAGUAUUACAAUCUCUUUCUCACAGACUUUUUUCCAAAUUGACUCUUGUUUCGUUUAAGCAUGUUAUUCUUUAAGAUCGUUAAAAUAUGGGAUUUAUUGAAGGUGAUACUUUGGCUACGGUUAAAGUAAUGAUCUGUUAUUAAUUGUGACAAGAAACCCUGACUGUAGCACUGAACACCAGCGUUGUCUUCUUGUUAAAGGUAGCCGCGUACAAGCUUCAGAUAAUUGUAUAUAUGUUUUUUGUCUACCUGAACUUGUAUGCAACACGCCUGUACAUCCUUCAGGAAACAAUAAUACAUUCUGUUCAGUGCCCUGAAACUGUAUAACCGAUGUGAAUGUAUAUUGAAUGAAUGGCGAAAAUCGGAAUGUAUGCUUGUGUACAAUAAAUAACCUGUAUAUACAUGA